AUGGGACAUCCAACGGAGAAAGCGACCAAUAUCAGUGCGGAAGACUUUUCCAGCUCCGAUCCAAUAACACCAUCCGGACCUCACCAUCAGCAGUCGGCAUCGGAACCUGGACGUGUCUCAUCAUCGACGUCUUCUGCUCAAACGCCCUCACAUAGCCAUCAUCAUAAUCAAAAAGGAAUACUGAAUCGUCUGCCAGACUAUUUCCGCGAUACGGUCGACUGGUUUAUCGGCCGUUCCCGUCGGAGUAAAGAGCGAACUGCAACAACGGCAACCACAGGAACGGCAGUUGCAAACGCUGCCGAACGAAUGUCAAAACGUGUCGCAUCAGCAUCAUUGGCAAUCCGACCACAGACAAAGUCAUCAGAUUUGAUGUGCGUAUGUGAUUCGAUUGAUGGAAAUACCAUCACCAAAUUCACCAAUCUCCCAUUCGGAAUCGAGAAGCGUGAAUGGAUUGCUCACAAUGUGUUGGGACUCUUUGAGCACGUCAACGCCCUGUGUGGAACUUUGACAGAAGUGUGCACCCUACAAUCAUGCCCUCACAUGAGCUUCCCCGGAACCAGCAAGGCCAUCUACCAAGACGAGCGAGGAAAGCGUCAAGUCUACCCGGCAAUGCAGUACAUUGACUGCGUAAUAACACAGUGCGAGACGAUGAGCCGACAAGAAGAAAUAUUCCCAACGAAAUAUGGAAACAAGUUCAACGACAACUUCGAACCAGCUGUUAAGAAAAUGCUGGCUCACUUGUUCCACUGUAUGGGUCAUAUGUAUCAAAAUCAUUGGGAUGUGCUUGGAGCCCUCCAGCUUCGUCCACAAUGUGCUAUGGUGUUUGCGCAUAUCGCUGAAAUUGGAAGAAUCUUUAAUUUGCUCGAUACAAAGGAGCAGGAUAUUGUUGAAGACCUUGUUAUUGAGCUCCGCCCAAUCUUGCCAGUUCUCACACAAACUUUAUCAUUGGAUCACGGUGAUCUUCCACACGACGCUGAUCGCGCCAUUCGGGUUCCAUCGUCGAAAAGCGGUAGCUGGGGAGGAUACCCAUCACCGGCAGUGCUAUCAUGCAAGGCUUAUGCUCAGACAUGCUAA